GACAGGUCAUUAAGAUAACAUGAAGUAUGUCAUUCAUAAUGUAAAUAAUUACAAACAUGACGACAGUACGAAAUUUGAGGGCAAUAUCUGACAGAUUUAAUGAAGUAAUUGAGGAGUUCCCUGUCUACAGAUCCAAAGAUGUGCCAUUUUCAUGGAGGAGCGUAAAGGAAAUCAACGCAGAUGCUGUUUUCCAUAGCGAUAGAAGAACGAGAUUCCAGCAGGGGGAGAUAGGGAACUGUUGGCUGGCAGCUGCUAUAGAAAGUCUGAGACAGGAAAGCAACCAGGAAGCUUACAAUGAAGUGGUUCAAGUAAAUGGCUCAGAACUAGAGUUUAGUUUCUGGCACCCAGGGCCGCACAGGCGGAGCAUCAAGCUCGACAGUGAUGCAGUGCCGACAAGAGACGGGGCUCUUGUUUUCAUACACAAUGUUGAGGACAAUGAGUACUGGGGGAUCCUCCUUGAGAAGGCUUAUGCAAAGUGGGUCGGAUCUUAUGAGGGUCUUGAGGGAGGUUUCUGGACAGAUGCAAUUCAGAGCUUCACAGGAGGAGUGGUGGAAAGGAUUAAGCUCGGGAAAGACAGCAUGCCUGACAACCUGUUUGACAUCAUGUUAACUUCGUUCCAAAAUGGUUCCGAUCUCUGCUGCAUUAAGAAGGACCCACGUGACACAGAAAAGUAUCACUCCUGCUGCAUUAAUAUUAUGAAGAUCGAAGAGGACAACAGGAAAAUAUGGGUUCUAGAUCCACAGAGCCAAGACUGUAAUGUCUGGACAUACGAGGAAUUCAUAAAUGAAUACCAUCGGCUGGACAUGUGCCACAAGAACCUGGACAACUUGAGUGGGCUCCAGGGGAGGAACAUAGGCUCUUCUCCUUGGGUUUCACAGACGUUCUGUCUGGAACUGGAAAACCUCUGUGAUGAGUUUACCAUCGAACUUAACGACACAGAUGAUGACCAGGAAGGCUGCACUUUUGUUGUUGAGCUGGUGCAAAAAAUCAAGCCUGAUGAUGAGGAUAAGCUCAAUUGUAUCAAGCCCUGGGAUGCAUUGGUUGAUUUGGAGCUGAAAGUGGGGGAUGAAGAAUUUGCGACCAAGUAUCCACAAGAGACACAUUGCUUUACAAUGCAACCAGGCACCUCUGAUAUAAGGGUCACCACUGACACAGAAGAACACGGCUCGAUUUACAUGCGCAUAUCCUCAAAGAGAAAGUACGAAGUGAAACGCAAGGAGUAAGGCUGCGUGAGACCUGUCACAACAAACUCUGCACGUAACAACUGGACGGCUUCGAUAAGUCUUAGUUAUAAAUAUUUAAAAUAGUAUUGCUCUAUUUAUGCCAGUAUAUGUGGUUUUAUUAUUUCCCAACAUUGUAUAUUGUUUGGUGUAGUGGAAUUUGUUUAUUUUAGGCAAAUUUCAUAUCAAAGACUCAAAUUGUUCAGUGAAUGAGUAAAGGGUUUGUGUCCAGGGCUUGAAUCGAGACGAGGGAAGUUCUGGGCCCAUCGAGCCCAGCAGGUUUCAACGAAAUUUCCCUGGGAGUUCCAUUUACCCACGUGUCUUCGUGGUAUGAUGAUCAUUACGUUCACUUUGAUGUACCUCACAUGUUCACAGAGCAGAGUGUCAGCUACUUAUACUGUGCCUGCACCUUCCUGA